AAGGACCAAUUAAAACGAGCUAAGUGUGGCUCCGAGGUGGGACUGUGAGUACGGAAGCUGUCCUGGGACAAGAGGAGAGGAGAGAGGGAAAGACCUGAAGGGGCUGGAGCAGGUUGCCUCGACCCCGGACCCCCUGUUCCCCGCCUAUGGCCCCCCGUGCUCUUUAGAUCUGGCGGUACUCCCGUGCUUGCGCCCCCUGUUUGGGGGUCUGGGUGGCUACUGGAGGGCCUUGCAGAGGGGCAGAGGAGGCAGGACCAUGGCAUCUAGGGCCUCCGCACCUCCCCCAGGGCGCAGCGUGACGGCGGGCAUCAUCAUUGUUGGAGAUGAGAUCCUCAAGGGACACACCCAGGACACCAACACCUACUUCCUGUGCCGGACACUGCGCUCCCUGGGGGUCCAGGUGUGCCGCGUCUCUGUGGUCCCCGAUGAGGUAGCCACCAUCGCAGCUGAGAUCACCGCUUUCUCCGGCCGCUUCACCCACGUCCUCACGGCGGGGGGCAUCGGUCCCACGCACGACGACGUGACCUUUGAGGCGGCAGCCCAGGCCUUUGGGGAGGAGCUCAGGCCGCACCCGGAGCUGCAGGCCGCCAUCAGAGCCUUCGGAAAGCAGGGCUGGGAGAAGCUGUCGCUGGUGCCCGCCUCCGCCCGCCUGCAUUACGGCACGGACCCGCACACAGGCCGCCCCUUCAGGUACCCGCUGGUCUCCGUCCGCAACGUCUACCUCUUCCCGGGCAUCCCGGAGCUGCUGCGGCGGGUGCUGGAGGGCCUGAAGGGACUGUUCCAAAACACGGCCGUUCAGUUCCACCUGCGGGAGCUGUACGUGGCCGCCGACGAGGCCUCCAUCGCCCCCAUCCUGGCCGAGGCCCAGGCCCACUUUGGACGCCGGCUUGGCCUGGGUUCCUACCCUGACUGGGGCAGCAACUACUACCAGGUGAAGGUGACCCUGGAUUCGCAGGAGGAAGAGCCGCUGGAGCAAUGCCUGGCCUACCUGGCCGCACAUCUGCCUCCGGGGUCGCUGGUCCCCUACGUGCCCAACGCCGUGGAGCUGGCCAGUGAGGCUGUUUACAAGCUCGCCAAGUCAGGCUCUUCUCUAGGGACGAAGGUGGAGAGUGCCCUGAAGACCAUUGAGACCGCCCUGGAUCAGUACCAGCUCAGCCAGCUCUGCGUGGGCUUCAACGGGGGCAAGGACUGCACGGCCCUCCUGCACCUCGUCCAUGCGGCUGUGCAGAGGAAAUGCCCUGACACUCGGGAACCCCUCCAGAUCCUCUAUAUCCGCACCGUCUCCCCUUUCCCUGAGCUGGAGCAGUUUCUGCAGGACACCAUCAAGAGGUACCAUCUGCGGGUGCUGGAAGCUGAGGGCGAGAUGAAGAAGGCCCUGAGCCAGCUGCGGGCACAGCACCCCCAGCUGGAGGCCGCCCUGAUGGGCACCCGCCGCACAGACCCCGCCUCCUGCAGCCUCCAUCCCUUCAGCCCCACUGACCCAGGCUGGCCCCCGUUCAUGCGCAUCAACCCGCUGCUGGUAAUGUUGUCAGUCCGUGCCCCCUGUCAGGCAUUCACCCGGCUUCCAGAGGACUGGACCUACAGAGACAUCUGGGACUUCCUGCGGCAGCUGUUUGUCCCAUACUGUAUCCUGUAUGACCGAGGCUACACGUCCCUGGGGAGCCGGGAGAACACGGUGCAGAACCCAGCCCUGAAGUACCUGGGCCCCGGAGGCCAGCCCACCUACCGGCCAGCCUACCUCCUCGAGAAUGAAGAGGAAGAACGGAACUCCCGCAUGUGACCGCCACGCCUGCCCGCUCCAGGGGAG